GUCCGAGUUCUUAUCGAUUAGCCGGCGCAAUCGAUUAGAAAGUUGAAAAGACGAGAAUGGGCGAAGGGAGGGAUUAAUUAAAGUAUCCGACUACAGCUAUGACGCUUUCCCCCUCUUCCUCUCUUUAAUCUCUCUAUAUUAUAUCGCUCAUAAUUUUGUAUAUUUAUCGCAUUCCAAAGUGUUCCCUACGGCAGCACCACAAUACCUAUAUCCACAGUAAUCCGGGCCUCCCUUAUUAUGAGGCAUGUUCAUCUGUCAGAAAAGUCCUGCUCUGAGCUUGGGACUUGCGUCAAAGAAUGCCCAGUUUCAACCUCGUAUUUCCGAUAGCAUUGGAAGGCAUCAGGGACAAUUGAAGCAGCUGUCCCCAUGUCACCCGCAAUCCCCAUCGUUUUCCACUGCCACAAGCACGAGCUACUCCGCGACCGGCAUUGACCGCCCAUACAGUACUCAUCAUCACCGAAAGAGCUCCGCGAAAGAGAGGCAACGAGCUGAACGUGAUCAAUUGAUUAAAUCGCUCAAGGAAUCGCCCGGAAAACGAGACGCACGCAACUUCCUCAAGCAUUUCGACACCUCUGCACACAAGCCGCGACCGAAUGCCAAAGCGAAACAAAGCUCAGGCGACCAGCGCACACCCGGAUACUUCACUGCAAAUUCAAUAGUGCAUGAAGGAGAUGCUGUUCAGCGGGCACAUCACAAUGAGUGGAGGCUGACUCGUACAGGCGUCAAUCUGGGGAUCUUGUACGAGCCGACCAAGGCCAUUCAGAACACUCCUGUAUUUGCGCAACAGCCACUCCCAGAGGUAAAUGUGCAAGAAAGGAGCAUUUCUGUAGAUCCACUGCAUCUUGCUCUUGUCAAGCUGCGCCAACCGCAGAUGCUCGACGAUGCGACUAUUGGUGGUAUCGCUCUCACCCUGGGCCAGAUGGCUCGCUUGGGGUUGAACAUUGCCGUGGUGGUGGAUUGCGACGAGGACAGUGCUGUAGAUGACCUGGAACUGACGGCAACGUGGGAGAAGACUGUACGCGACGAGUCUGCACGCAUUGUCGACGCCCUCGAGGAGUACAACGAGCCUGGUGCUUUUGAGGUUGGGCAUGCUUUGUCCUAUUCUGCGGUGGAUCCUACAGAAGUCCCAAGUACCGUGCAGAUUCGGGGUGGUGUCGAGGUCAAAAACAAUCACCUACUCUUACCUCCCAUCGAAGACGGAAUUAUUCCUGUCAUACCGCCCAUUGCCUACGAUGCUGACCUGAAGAAGGUCAGGGUGCAUGCGGACGACGUGCUGCUUGCAUUGACCAGGGAAUUUGCUAACAUCAAUGUCAUGAAUUCGAGCAGCAACGACGAUAGAUCUCCCACUUCAUCAGGGAAGGAUGCAACGGAGAAGCCAAGUGUGGAUCGUAUCAUCAUUCUGGAUCCCCUAGGUGGUAUACCGUCAGAAACAAGGCCCGAUGGCGCUCAUGUCUUUAUCAAUCUCGAGGCAGAAUAUCACGAUGUGCAAAAUGAUUUACGUCGAUUACAGCUGAUGUCCACAUCCGGAGAACAGCGCCAAUCCUAUUUUGGCAGCAGCAAUAUAUCUUCAAGAAUUGCUGAGACCCAGAUUGCCAAUGUGGCCGGCUCAACUCCGAAACGCAUACCGGCGGGGCUGAGCGCCAAACGUCACAUCAAGAAUCUGGACGCUGUCCAACGAGCCCUGCAAUUAUUGCCCCCAUCAUCAUCAGCGAUCAUCAUCACUCCUGCUGAGGCCGCCAUAUCAUCACAGGUCGCACAAUUGAGCGAGCCUUCUGAAGGUGUUCGUACCAGGCGUUCGAAAAAUCCACUCAUCCAUAAUCUGCUCACCGACAAGCCCAUGAUAUCGUCAUCACUACCCAGUCCUCUAGUCAACCGGCCAUUAGCAUCGACAGCGCCGAAUCCGUCCACAUUUCUUAAAAAGGGCAUUCCCCUUACCAUGAUACCCGACCCCAGAACGAGUGGACCUUGGAGGCCCCCUUCAUCUUUAGAACCCAGCAUUGAACUUGGGACAGAUCCGCGCAUCGACUUUCCUCGCCUUGUACAUCUCAUUGAAGACUCUUUUCGCCGUAAGCUAGAUGCCGAGCAUUAUCUCCAGCGCAUUCGAGGUCGUGUCGCCGGUAUCAUAAUCGUAGGCAAUUACGAGGGUGGUGCUAUAUGCACAUGGGAACCCGCACGCCAUCCAGGUGCAGAAUUUACACCAGGGCUCGACCAUCCGACUUGGAUACCCUACUUAGACAAAUUUGCUGUGCUCACACAAUCCCAGGGCUCCGGUGGCGUUGCAGACAUUGUCUGGGGAGCACUGACCAGGAGUUGCUUCCCUAAUGGUGUAGUAUGGCGAAGUCGGACCAACAACCCAGUUAAUAAGUGGUAUUUCGAGCGAGCGGUGGGCAUGUGGAAUCUACCAGGAGGGCAGUGGACUAUGUUUUGGACCACGGAAGGGGUCGUGGAGGAGUGGCGGAAGCAGGUUAAAGAGCAGGCUCACAAAGACGGGGCCGAUUUCAUGACCAGAUGGGAUGCCUAUGUCAAAGUGUGCAAAGGUGUCGUGCCCAGUUGGGCCGAUGGAAAGAGUCCUGACUAGGAGGAUACAAUGAAGUCUCAUUCAGGAGUUCUCCCGAUCUGAAAACUACCCCCGAAAACAUUACCAGUAUCCCGUGCAAGCGGUCUUUGUCUUGACGUCGGCUGUAAUUUCCCCCAAGGCAGUGAACAAUGCCGCUGUAUUCAACAGUCUAGGAAGGGGAUCUCAUCUCGCUCUUACUUCGUCGAAAUACCGGCAAGGUUGAGAUCCAGCAU